AUGGGACUGACAUCCAAAGCACGACUUGUUGCUUACAAGGUUGAUUGGUCAUUAGGUAGUAGCGACAUGGAUCUAUUAGCUGCUUUUAAAGCUACCAUUGAUGAUAAUGUUGACAUUAUUAAUCUAUCUGGGGCAACUAAAGUACAAGGGUUUAUGGAUUCAUUUGCCAUUGGUAGCUUUCGUUCUAUGAAAAAUGGUAUCCUAACAAUUGCAUCAGCUGGGAACACGGGACCUGCUCUUGGGAUUGUUGUGAACGUCUAUCCAUGGGUGUUAACAGUUGCUGCUAGUACAAUUGAUAGAGAGUUCUUUUCCAAUUUCUUACUUGGGAAAAAUAUAACCGUUAGGGCAUCACAAUACUUUAAUUUACAAGUACUUGAUUCAAAAAAGUUUAAUCCAUUGAUAACCGGUAUGGAAGCACGCAUUUCUGGAGCUAAUAUCAAUAACGUAUUACAUUGUCAAGAUGGAUCUUUAGAUGCCAGCAAAGUGGUUAGAAAGAUAGUAGUAUGUGGUUAUAAUGAAACAGUUAACGUUCAAGUUGUAACAAGAUCUGAAUUGUUCGCAAGUGUACCUCGCGCUGUCUCUACUGCUUUGAUUAGCUAUAAUGAUGGUCAAACUCUUUUUUCUUAUAUCAACUCCACCAGGCAAGCUGAUUUCUCAUCAAGGGGUCCUCAACCAUUGUAUUUUAAUUCUAGUGUUUCAAAGCCAGAUGUAACAGCUCUAAGUGUAGACACUCUAGCAGCUAGAAAAAAAGAAAAUUCAUUUGUGUUGAUGUCAAGAGCACCAAUGUCAAGCCCUCAUGUUCAACCUAAACCUAAACUCACUACAAAUAACCAUCGAAUUAGCGACAACACAUUUCGUCGCCAUUUGAUAGCUAAACGGUCAAAAAGUAGGCCGGGCGACGGGCUGGCGACGAGAAGCGAGGUGGUCGCUAUUUCUUUCGUCGCUAAUCUUAAAGUGGACGCCUUUUCCUCGCCAUUUUUUCAGAAACAUAGGGCGACCAAAUUGCGACCAGAAGCUCGUCGCCACGUUGGCGACCAACAUUCUCCUAGCCGUUUGGUCGCCUUUCGGCGACCAACAUUUCGUAGCUGUUUCGUCGCCAUGCUGGCGAGCACGUUUUCCUAG